UAACCCGUAGUUGAGAAUUGAUAAGUCGCACGAUUUAUAAAUAAUCUUAAGAACGUAAUUCAUGCUUAUAAAAUUUCAUUAUUCCAACAACAGAAGAUAGUUUCGAAGAAAUUUUAUUGAUAUGACUACUCCACGCUAAAUCAGAAGAUAGUAGCAAUCCUAGAUAGUUUACCUCCUCUUUUUCUGCGAUCUGCGAACCGUGCAGUUGUAACGGUUGCAAAGACAACGCUUUUUUACGAUUAUAUCGCGAUGAAAAUGUUAUUGCCUCACAUUUAGCCACAUUUCGUGGGAUGUACCAUUUCUCUGACCAUUCUUGUACUUUUUUUAAAUCUCUAUUCAUGGUUUGUGCACAAAUAGUUGAAUCUCUAUGAUUUUUUUAAAAGAUGUGCCGCGAUAUACUGUACAAAAUCAUACCUAAACUUUAAUUUCAGAACGUCAAUCAAGAAAACUAAGCAAAUUAUACGAAAAGCGAGAACAAUGGAAACUUUCUAAGCUCACAAACAAUUUCUUGUGUUUGAACGUCUUUCAUAUACGAUUCUCAAUGAAAUCGACGCGUUUAAACGCAAUCGCUAUAAUUUCCAACAACUCAAUGCAUUUAAACGAAUUAAAUCACUUUUCGUGAGGGUGAGAGUCUCGCUUUAUUUUGGUACCAUUAGAGAGAGCGUCAAAAGUUGAGUAUGUCCCGAUCUCUUUCGAGCUGGAACAUCCAGUAGGAAAAAAAUCAGAGGAUCGAUAGUUUUCGUACCAGUUCAUUUUCUAUGCAUUUUUCGAGUUUUUAUAGGUUAAUAAUUUGUUAAAAACUCAAGAUUUUCUAGAUUUUCUUGGCAGAUUCUAGAAGCUGACACUCCGGGGAAUCCGAAUAUGUGUCUUUCAAGGUCUGGAACAGCUUCUAUAGGUUUGCAGAGGCGCGAAAACUAUUAAAAGCAGUUUUUGUCAUCUUUCAAUAGAUGGCGCUUUUCUUAUACAAAACUUGAUUUUGGGCAAGGCCAUAUUCGUGAUCAGCGUGAAAUUCUGCGUCGAAUGAAGUAUAAUUUAAUUAUUUUAGAGGAAAAAAAGUUUUCGAGAUUAUCCAGAUCCCCCUUUGCCAUGAAAAUUUUCGAAAAAAAUGAAAGUGCAUUUUUUGAAAAUCUGAGUCGACAGUUUUGUCCAGAAUUCAUUGCUGAUUCCAAAAAUAUAUAAUUCAUGAUGUAUUGUCUGGGGUCGCAAAGUGACCUUAUCGGCCCGCCUCGUUUUUCAAUAGCGUUUUUCUACAUGCAGUUUUCAGAAAAAAAUUGAAAUCACGAAAGUGAUAUUUAUUAUGAGUAAAAACGCAUUGUGAAGACGAACGGUGUGAAAUGUGGGUAAAAAAUGGGCCAAAAAUAGAUCAUGCUGCUUAUUGUAUCGCAUUUUUGGUCACAUUGCGCGGUUGUCUUCAAUCAUUUAUAGGUCAGUUUGUUUGUAGAAAAUUAUUUUCUCUAAAAAAUACAAGACAGCAAUUCUUAGUCUUUCUAAAUAUGUUUGAGCGUGUUUCGAUUGAAACGUUUGUUUGAUAUUUCUUAAGUUCAGAUUUAAUUUCUAAAAGUUUUUUUUCUCUUUCGAAUGAGAUAUGACUCAAUGAUAUGGAACAAAGUAUAUGGUUAUUCCAACGAACAUUCUAGAGUAUGUGGUUUUAUGAAAGAAAAAGUAUUGGAACCUUUUUAGAAAAUUCAUAGCUGAGGAGAGCAAGGUAUAAAAGUAUGAAUUUGAAGCUAACUUGAAUUGAAUGUAUUAUCUAGUGGGCAUGUUUUUAGGGAAAAGUAUUAUUUAGUCAUGUUAUGCUAUUUUUUGAUGUAUCUACGGACGUUCUCUAAAUUGAUGAUCUCAAUUAGUUUUUUUUGCGUAUUUCGUUUUACUUCUUUACUUACUUUAUAGGUAGAUUUCUAUUAAAUUUUCAGCUGUGGCGUCCAGAGAUGUAGAGCGAUUUAUAUGCAAUACGAGUCAGAAUGAUCAUACGGUUGACGAUCCUAACACAUCUACGCGAAUAAAAAUAACAGAAUCAGCAAACGCUGUCGUACCAAGCGCUGGCCCACCAAUCGCUGUCCCACUAAUCGCUGAUGAAGAACGUCAACUGAUGAUGAUAUUACCGAUUUUGAUAUCGACGUUAUAUGCAACAGCUGCAUGGUAUCAUUAUAUAACACAGAAUGGAUAUAUGGAUUUCUUUGCUACCGUUAGUAUUAUAUUUUUUUGUCUGCACUAUUCGGUUUUAUUUAACUCAAAAUCACAUCUCGUACUUUAUCAAACUGCAUUAUUUAUAUUCAUCGUCGGUGGUGAUAUUGGAUAUAUUUUAUUUUACUUUAUGCAGGAGGACACUUCAAUUCGUAAUAUUCAUAUUAUAUGCUAUUUUACACAUUUGUUUUAUAUUGGCGGUUUGUAUUCGGAAAUGGAAUAA